CAAAAACUUUUCAUAGACUUGAGUCCUACGAUACACUGUAGUGUUCUCAACCAUAACAUAUCGCAAACUUCAUCUCCCCCGAAAACGCGUUACUCUGCAGGUUUCAAUCACACUCAUCACCGUCGUCGCUUUCACCUUCCAACCGACCUCAACCACCGCGUCACGUCACUCUCCGUUUCCAUAUCUUACCUCCUCCCAAACUUACUUUCUCACCCCCCAACCUCACACUCUGAGGAAAGAGGGGGAAACCCUAAACUCCUCACAGAUCGAUAAUGAAUCUAGCUUCUCCUCAAUAACACUCUUCCGUGUUGAUACUGUAAUUAUUAUUAUUAGGAGGAAUCAUGUCAAGGCCUAUGUUGCUUGUUUUCUUGUUGAUUAUACUUAUAAUCACUUCGCAAUUCGAGUGGAAGCAACCACUUGUGUCUGAUGUUGAGUCCAACUCUAGUGUAACUCAAAAGCAACAUCGUAUUUCUAAUGCUGAAGAAACUGUUAAAGAGAAGAUUAUUUUAGUACAGGAGAAGAAUAUUCGAAGACUUAAUGAACUUGUGCGGCAUCUUCAGGAACAACUGCAGCAGUGCAAAGGAAGCAAUGGAACUAUAAAUAGCACCGUAGGUCCUCUAACUGAGCGGAUUCUUGAGCUUGAGCGACAACAAAUUUUAGAGGAUUAAGCCUUUGCAGCAUGUUAAUGAAGCUAAUCUUGAUGCUCUAGUUGUAAAGUUGUUUCUUAAUUCCUUCAAAAGGGGUUGUUGUAAGUUGUAACACAUUUGCUACCUGUAUGAAUUACUAAUUUGAGCUCUAUCUAAAUGUAAGUCACUCAUCAUUUGUAUGAUUUAUUAAUAUGAGCUCUAUCUCAAUGUAA